AUGACGAGGUUUAACAAAGAAAGACUUCAAAUACCAGACCUACACAUCACAGCGGCUGUAUCCACCCUCAUUUACGCCAUAAGAUGUGAAGCCUUUAAGAUGUCCUUAUCAAAGACCCCGCCGCAGACUGUAACCGAGCUCCUUACUCAAGCUGAAAAAUACAUUAAUAUGGAGGAUACGCUGAAUCCAAGGAGAUCUGGUCCCUUCCAUGAAAAGCCCAAGAACAAGAAGCAACAUGAUUUCGUUUCCCGACCAGAGUAUCUUCGGGAAAAGCGCAAGAAUGAAGGUCCACCAGGGCCUCUCACCCGGUUGAACACCUCCAAUGCAAAUAUCUUAAUGGAGAUCAAAGAUAUGAAAGAGUUAAAGUGGCCUUCGAGAAUGAAGUCGCCCCCUGAUACAAGAGAUAGGAGCAAGAAUUACAUUGGUCAUGAUAAACGCUCGAGGAAUGACCGUCGGAAUGAGCCUAGAGCAGGAAGCAGUGCUCAACUCACUGCCGGGACAAUUAAUAUUAUCAUUGGAGGCAUAGUAUCUGGAGGAGACACAAACAGUGAGCGAAAGCAAUAUGCCCGUCAACAUGCUCAUACCUCAAGGGAAUCCCGUGAUAAACUCGAAGACAUUACCUUUAGGGUAGGGGAUUUGGAAGGAGUAUCAUAUCCUCAUGACGAUGCCUUGGUUGUCUCAACAGUUGUGGCCAACUUUGAAGUAAAGAGGAUUCUGGUUGAUAAUGAGAGUGCAGCAAACAUACUCUCACAAGGCUUUCACUAA